CCCAAGAGCGACGUCGAAUUAUCGAAUCAACAUGAGCAUGUAAUAUACGGGCCAGCUUCGAGCCCAGUCUCCCCGUGUUCGUGCUGCACUGAGCAAUCCGUUGUUCGCGUGUAGACGGAAUAUUAUCCGUGAAGGCAGGAUACAAGAUCAGCUGUGAUCAUGGACCCGGAAGCGUUUUUGGAUGUGGCCAAUCAGGUCAUCAAGCUAAAAAUGUUUCCGUUCUUUGAUAUCGCGCACAGUUUACUUGCCGCGCUGGCCGUGCGCGAGGAUUUGGGCGCCAAUGCUCAGGCAUUUUCCCGGAAGCACCCGCUAGCAUGUUGGCUGUCCACAAUGCUGGUAAUAUUCGCGGGCGGCAUGGUGGCCAAUGGAUUGCUUGGGGAGCCUAUAUUGGCACCAUUGAAGAACACCGGACAGCUCCUUGUGGGCACAUCUGUGUGGUAUAUAGUAUUUUAUACACCAUUUGAUAUUGGAUACAAAGUAGCCAAAUUCUUGCCUGUGAAAAUUGUGGCCAGUGCCAUGAAGGAAAUAUAUCGCGCAAAGAAAGUUUACGACGGAGUGGGACAUGCGGCCAAACUGUAUCCAAAUGCCUGGAUAAUCAUGAUCAUAAUUGGCACUCUGAAGGGCAAUGGCGCUGGCUUCACAAAGCUAAUCGAGCGGCUUAUAAGAGGUGCAUGGACACCGACAGCAAUGGAAUUCAUGCAGCCAUCCUUCUAUACGAAAGCGUCUUUGCUGGCCUCUAUCAUAUUUGUGCUUGAUAAAAAGACCGAUUGGAUCUCAGCGCCACAUGCCUUAGUCUACUUUGGCAUUGUCAUCUUUCUGGUGUACUUUAAGCUUUCUUCUAUCUUGCUGGGCAUACACGAUCCGUUCCUACCACUGGAGAAUCUGUGUUGUGCAAUCUUCUUUGGUGGCAUAUGGGAUAGUUUGGCCAAGAUUUUGGGACGUGGCCAAGCCAAGGAUGGCGAUAGUAAAGACGUUAAGAAAAGCAAUUAAAUCAUUUAAAAGUUAGCUCAAAAUUUGCAUAAGCUGCCAACCAAAGCUUCAACUCAAUUGAUAUCGAACGAACUUUUAUUUACGUAAUUGUCCCAUAAGUCUACUAAUUGUACAAGAUUCGAUGAUCAAAAUCAAAUUCAGUCAUAACCAGCAAAUGGGUGUGUCUGCUUAUGCCUGACUCUGAUUUUAACAUAUUUAACUUUUUUCUAUCUUUGUUUUAAUUUGUAAAAUAUGUAGGAACAUUUAACUGUGUGAACUUAAGGUUCAUUUAAUAUUUUUGUCGUGUUUUGUUUUAAUGAUGACUGAAAAAUUCAACAUAGUACGACGA